UAACUGGAUUUGGGGGAAAUCACACACCAAAAGGAUAAACAAAAUCCAUUCAGGGGAUUCAGCACUUGCUUAAAAUCCGAUCAUAACGAUCGACUUCUUUAAUUUCCCCUUCAAUCUUCCCAAGAAUUCGUAAAAUUUCAUGUGAACACCUUUCAUCCAAUUGAAUAAUGCUCAGAAGCAUACAAUUUCUUGGUUCCUCUUCAGGGUUCCUUUUUCAUAGAUUAAAACUUCAUGGAAAUCAUUCUGGGCUCUCUUUCAUUUCCAUUUCUGCGAAACCAUGUUCAAGAAGACCUUUAUUAACAACUUCAAGAACGCCUCGUUGUUUUCGACAAUUUCGGGCAUCUCCAAUUCGUUCCGAGUCAAACCCAGAUGUAACCUCACCUUCUUCUUCAUCAUCUUCAUCCCCCAUUUUCCGAUCAACUGGCAGUUCCCGUAAGAUAAAUUUCUGUCAAUCGUGUGGAGGAUCAACAAAAUAUGAUAUACCAGAUGGGGAGGAGAAAGAGAGAGCUAUUUGCACCCUUUGUGGAAGAAUUUCAUAUGAAAAUCCAAAAAUGGUGGUAGGUUGUUUGAUUGAGCAUGAUAACAAAAUUUUGCUAUGCAAGAGGAACAUCCAACCAUCUUAUGGUCUUUGGACACUUCCAGCUGGGUACAUGGAGAAUGGUGAGUCAGCAUCUGAGGGUGCAGUGAGGGAGACAUGGGAAGAAGCCAGAGCUAAAGUUGAAGUUCUUUCCCCUUUUGCUCAAUUAGACAUCCCUCUCAUAGGCCAAACUUAUAUAAUAUUCUUGGCGAAGUUGUUGACCCCACAUUUUUCACCGGGUCCCGAAUCAUCAGAAUGCCGGCUUUUUGCACUUGAUGAUAUCCCUUAUGAAUCUCUUUCCUUUUCAUCAAUGCUCGUUACCUUAAAUUUGUACAUUGAAGAUAUUAAGGUUGGAAAACCGAAGUUUCACUAUGGGAUCAUCAACAAGAGGCCUGGGACUAGUCCUUCGGAAAUUCAUGCGUAUACUAUCGAUUAUCAUAUACGGAUUUGAUGAAAGGCACAGGGCAAUUUAGAUGAUCAACAUUUUCGUUUUUUUUUUGUUGCUAAUUGUGAUUUGGGUCUUCGGUUUAUGAUGAUGCCCUUGAUGUAAAGUUGUAUUUUAUGAGUUUGAAAGUUCUUUCAAACUUGUGUUGUUCAUUGUAAAAAGUUAAAAACUUUUUAUUGGUAAAGUUCCAUUUCUCAAA